UCCAGUGGGGUAUUCGUCUCCAGGACAUGAGUCUCAUCUCCUUCCUGGUGAUGACCUGCAAGGUGGGUCUGCCUCCAUUUCCCUCCAUUGGGGAUCGAGCACCGUGCCUGGCCCAGAAAAAGAAUCAGGACAUGCUGCUGUAUGAAUUAAUGAACUAUGGGCAGAGGGACUUGGUGAAACAAAAAAAAAAAACAAAAGAAACAUUUGGGGACAAUAAAAUCGAAAUGCAUUUGGAGGCUGGAGAAUGGGAAACUCAGUCUUUUCGGAGAGAAGCAUGAGGAACAGGAAAUGGAAGCUGGAAACUGUAGAUGGUGAAAAGCUCUGGUUUCAUGCGAAAAGAACUUCAGGUUUAUAGUUUAAGUAGAGAAGAGCAAUCUAAAGAUUUUCAAUGUAAGAAAUAAUUGGUCCAAUUUUCAUUUCAUGCUCAGGCAUUUAGAUUUUAUGUUGAGGACAUGAAAUUUGACAGGUUUGAAGCUGGGAGUGCCAUGAUUAAAACUGGGUGCCUUGCUAAGAUGGUGAGGCUUUUUGUAGUGAUGAAAACACGUUGAGAUUUUAAGCAAGAGCUUCAUAAUUUGAGUUUCCUGGGAAGAAAUCUGGACUUUGUUUUGAGGGAUGGCAGGAUCAAAGUUUUAUAUCAUGCUAAGGAGUCUGGAUUUUUGCCAAAGGGUUUUAAGAAAUGUGAUGAUGAGAUUCUUGCUUGUGGGAGAUAAGUAUGCAGAAAAACAUGAUAAAAUAUAUUUGACGGGUAAUGGCUUUGGGAUUCACAUUACAAGCAACAAGGAAACACUGGAAAUUGUAAAAGAAAAGUAACGGCCACCAAUUUAACAAUCAUGCGCAAACAUUUUGACUUUCUGUCUUGGGGGAGUGCCAAUUUCAACCUGCAGAGCUUGCCUAGGAGGUGUGAUUAAUGUUGACACCAAAGUUGAAAGAAUUUUAUCAGAGGAGUUAAAUGAUCGAUAUUGCGAAUAUGAAAAGAAAUUUGGAAUUUAUUUUGAGGCUCCAACAUGAUUAGACUUUUGCAUACACCUAGGAAUUUGAUUUAGCCAAUAAAACUUUCUAACAGUGGCCUGGUGGGUUUUUUGCGUAUGAUAAAUAGUAUGCAGUGAAUUACAAAAUAAAAUUCACAUUUUAUGCUAAGAAUUUUGACUUUUCUUCCAUUUACAAUUAAGAGACACUGUAAGAUUUUAAAGAGGAGUUAUAAGGUCAAAUUUUAUAUAUUGUCCUAGGAAGUGUGAAUUUUCCUUUAAGGGAUGACAUGAUCAAAUUUUUAUAUCAUGUUAAUAACUUUGGAUUCAAGCCAAUAAAGGGCUUAAAGCAAGAACAGGAUGCGAUUUGGGGUUUUUUAAUAGAUCAUCGUGAGAGAAAUUACACGGUAAAAUGUUGCAUUUUGUGUUAAGUAGUUGGGACUUUAUGUUACAGGCAAUGAAGAAACUUCGAGAAGUUUUAAGUUGAGAAGUUACAUGCCCAAACAAGUGCAUUUUGGCACAGCUAAAAGACAGGAUCUCUAUGAUAAAGAUGAUAUGAUCAAAUUUUGCUCACAUGCUAAGGAGAUGUGAUUUUACGUGAGAGUUGAAGGCAUUCAAGUGCUGUGUUUGGAAGGGGUGGGGGAUGAGCUCAUUGAGCUCAUUGUUGAAAUCUUAUGCAGAGGCGUUCGGAUGUCAGCCAGUAAAGAGUUUUAAGGAGUAAAUUGAUGAGAGUUUUGUCUCCAGAGAAAUUGGAUUGUAAACAUAUUUUAAGUUAAGGUGUCUGGAUUUGCUGAACCAGAUAAUGAAUAAGCAUCAGACCACUUCUGAGGAGAGGCAUCCCCUGGGCACAAGGGCACCCAGGUGGGGCUCCAUGUGGGCACAAGGGCACCCAGGCAGGGCUCCAUGCUGAGGAGACGGGUCAUUUAUAAACAGAGCAUGUUUUUAUAAAAAGAAGUUAUAUGAUUAAAUUUACAUAGCAUGCUAAGAAGUUUGGACACUAUUUUGAGGGACGACAGGAUUACAUUUUUAUGCCAUGCUAAGGAAUUUGGACUUCAGCCAUUAAGAGUUUUUUUUUUGUUUUUUUUAUUUUGAGAGGGAAUCUCCCUCUGUUGCCCAGGCUGGAGUGCAGCGGCGCAAUCUCGGCUCACUGCAACCUCCCAGGUUCAAGCGAUUCCCCUGCCUCAGCCUCCAAGUAGCUAGGAUUACAGGCGUGAACCACUACUCCCGGCUAAUUUUUGCAUUUUUAGUAGAGACAGGAUUUCAGCAUGUUGUCCAGGCUGACCUCGAACCCCUGACCUCAAGGGAUCCACCUGCCUUGGCCUCCCAAAGUGCUGGGAUUACAGCUGUGAGCCACCAUGCCUGGCCCAUUAAGAGAUUUUUAAGGCAGUAACAUGGCAGAAAUUUUGUCUUGGGUAGAGUAGUCAGAGAAAUUUUACAGUAAAAUGCAUUGUUCUAUGCUAAAAAAUAAUUAGACCUUAUCUCACAGGUAAUUAAGACAUCGAAUAAAGCUUUAAGCAGAAGUUAUAAGAGCAAAUUCGUGUAUCUUGCAAGGGAGUGUGACCUUUUUAUUUUGAGGAAUGACAUGGUCAGAAUUUUGUAUCAUGCGAAGAGGUUUGGAAUUAAGCCAAUAAAGGGUUUUAGGAGUGACCUGAUGAGAUUUGGGGGUUCGUAUUAAUCAGCUGGCAAGUAAAUUACAUGGUGAAAAUUUUUAUUUUAUGCUAAGUGGUUGAAACUUCACAGGCAAUAAAAAUGAAUUUUAUAUGUGUUAAAUAGAGAAAUUAUGAGAUGACCUUUAUUCAUCUUGCUAACAGUUUAAACUUUGAUGUUAAGAAGUAUUAAGAUUUUUCUAACAUGCCGAGGAUAUUAGAUUUUGAGCUGAAGGCAGGAACACUGAAGGAUUUAAUCAUUCACAUGGUCGAAUUUGUAAAUAUGUUAAGGAGUGUAGACUUUAUAUUAAGAGGGUACAUAAUCUAGUUUUUAAAUCAUCUUGCUAAGAAAUUUAAAUUUUCACCUAUAAAGAGUUUUAAGUGAGAGACAUGCUGAGAUUUUUAUUCCUGAUAGAUAAGUCUGCAGAUGAAUUACUUAGUUAAAUUUUGUAUUUCAAUUAGAAUUUUAUAUUAGAGGUUUGGAAUUUUACAGUAAUAAUGCAUAUCUCAGAGGACUUUUAUGGAGAGGAAAUGAGUUAAUUUAUGCAGUGUGCUGUGUAGAUGAUGAUGAUUCUUAUAAUUCUUAUGCCAUGCUAAUUUGUAUACUGUGCUUUAAAAAAAUGUGAUCUCUACCUUGAGGAAUGACAAAAUAAGAAUUUUAUAUUAUAUUAAGGCCCUUACAUUUUAGCCAGAGAAUAGUUUUGGUGAGUUAACAUGUCAGAUAUGUUUAUGCUAGAAGGUUUGGAUUUAAUAUUGCAGACAGUAAAUAAACAGUGGAAGGCUUUAAUCAGAGAGACUGCAUGAUCAAAUUUAAGUGUCAUGCUAACAAGGGUGUACUUAAUUUUGAGAAACAGCAGAUCUGAAUUUUGUAUCCUGUUGGAAAGCUUGGAUUUUAGCCAAUGAGUUUCAUGUAAGGGGGAACGCAUUUUUUUUUUUUUUUUUUUUUUACAGAUGGGUCCAGUGGCUUAGAAGAAAACUGAGAAGUAACAAAAGGUGUUAAAUUUAUAAAGAGCAGUAACUUUACAGCUAAUCUAUCAGAUAAUCAAAGCUCAAUCUGCUCUGCCCCAGCAGAGAAGAAAUGUGCAAAUAACCCCAACCAAGACAUUCUCUUUCAAUUCUGUCUCAGCCCACUAAAACCACCCAACACUAGAUUUCCAAAAAUCCAUUCUGGGACCGUCAGAUUCCAAAGAUGUCACAUGCUCCCCCCCACCCCCAUGCUCAGUGUCCCAACUCUGCCAGAUACACGUCUGUUGGGAGGGCUCAACCAGCAACAGAGAGAAAAAGAUAUUUGCUAGAAUGAGGAGACCAGACCCACUGGAGUAAAGAAGGGGACCUGGGAGGAUAAGAUUGGAGAGGCGUGCAGACAUGCUUGCAUUGGUGAAAUUGAGGCCAGAUGUGUGAAGUUCCAGAAGCCUCACAAAGAGGGCAGUCCUGCGAGAGUGGAGAUUGUAGGAAGAGAAGGAGAUUAUUUGAAGAUCUCCUCAACAGCUCAGAGCUUGAGAGAACAUAGCAUUGCAAGGAGACCAAAUCGAGAAAGAGCAAUUGGCCAAAAGUCAGAGUUGGAAUCAAGUAACAAAUAUGCAAUUAUCCAGCACAUAGUAGGUAUGUUAUAAACUUUAUGGGAAAAAAAAUUAAGAACCCAGACCUGUAUACACCCCCUGAAAUUUCUAUUUUGAACAUGGGGAAGGAAAUAAGAGCUAUUUUGGGCUGCUGACCCAACUGACGGGACAGUGGCCAAGUGCCCGUUUUCUCCUCUUCCACUGCACUGCUCAAACAGUAGCCAUCUUUGCUAGAGAGUCCCGCUCCACAACCAAGGCGGCUGGGCUUGCUGCAGAGCCCUGAGCCUGCCAGGGGUGGCUUUGGAUGGUGCUGAGAUGUGACCUCUGUGAUUCUCAGGUGACCAAAGCAGGAAAAGAGGAUUGACCACGUGCAUGUGCCAGGGGGAAAUGGAGCAGCCUGUGCACCCUGCCAGGUGCCCGCCUACCACGGUGGCUGCUCCCAGCCGGUCACUCCACAGAAUUUAUGGGCUGUGACUUUCUCACAUCUAUGGAGGAAAUGGACAGGACAGGCAGACUGAAUAAGCCUGGGAGGCAGGUCAGGGGUUGACAGAUCUUCCCUCCCUGGGGGCGCCCCAAGUGACCAGCCAAGGAGGCUGGCUGGAUACAAGAAGGCUUUCCCCCAUUUCUCUCUGCUCUGAUUAGCUGGGCAUCUGAUUUGUCCUUGAGACCCUGAUACUGCCACUUCACAAGAUCCUAAACUACUGCCUUUACCCCCCACUCCCCCUCCACCACCAGGUUCUGAUCUCCACAGUCCCAGCUACUGACUGGACGCCAUCACAACCUUACCAAUCUUCAGAAUACACUCUUUUCCAUCCGACGAAAUGAUAGAACCCUCUGAAGACUCAUUUGAGACGAUGAUGGAGCAUAAAAAUCCAUCAUCAAAACAAAUGGAGUCCUCCGAGGGCUCAUCCAACACCACCGAGGCGACAUCAGGCAGUGAAGUGCGGGGAGAGGCAGGGCCAGCCAGCAGACCAGCCCAGGAAAAGAGGGAGCCACCCAGUGGCCCACUCCAGGAAAUGGAAGAGCUGCCCACUGAUCUACUCCAAGACAUGGAGGAGCCAUCCAGUGGCCCACGUAAGGAAAUAGAGGAUCCACCCAAUGACCUACUCCAAGACAUGGAGGAGUCAUGCAACGGUUCACACCAGGCAAGGGGGGAUCCACUCAGUGGAGCAUCUGAUAGGAUGAAAGAAGCAUCAGUCAACCCAUCGGGAGCCCGAGAAGAGCAAGAGGCUCACACUGACCUGAAGGAAUCGGGAAGGGAGGAGACUCCUCAAGAAGAGCAAAACCAGACCGAGCACUCAACUGCUGAACUUAUGGCCAUGACGAGGUCCAUCAUCUCGCUGUACUUCCGAAUGCAAGACCUCAAAGAGCAACAGAGAGUAGCAGAAGAGAUUUUGAUCAAAGGGAUCAAUGCAGGCCAACUGCCCGCCCCAAAGCACUUCUCUGGCGAUCGCAGAGAAUUCCACGAGUUCAUCGUACUCUGCCAACUGACCUUACAGAGCUACCCAAGAAUGUUCUAUAACGACCGUCUGCGAGUCGGCUAUGUCAUCAAUCACCUGUCCGGCUUGGCAUUAGAAUGGGCCAAAGCUCUACUGCAGGAAAACAGCCCCCUGAUCGGAGACUUCCCAGCCUUCCUGGAGGCCAUGUCAGAGGUGUUUGAGUACCGCCAGGCACUGCGUGUGGCAGAAGAGGCCAUGUUCACCAUCAGGCAGGGCGGCCGCUCUGCCACUGAAUACAUCGAUGAGUUCCAGAGCCUGGUACCCAUCUUGGGCUGGCCAGAUGAAGUCCUGCAGGCCCACCUGUGCCAGGGGCUCAACGAGGAGAUCAGGCACUAUCUAUUCCGGGUCCCUCAGCCGGAUUCCCUGGACAGUCUGAUUGUGCUCAUCCUGCAAAUAGAGGAGAAGCUGGCAGAGAGAAGAGCCAUGCUCAGGCUGCCCCCCGAGGCCCGCCCCCGGAACCUGACCUGGAUCGACUCACCUGCUCCAGAGAGGUGGAUGGUCAGCAGCUGGCUGCCCAGCGAAGUCCAUCCGGACAUCAAUCGCGCCCACCUCUUCCUGCUGCUCAUGGUGAGAGUGAACCCCUACCACAGCGUCGCGGUCCAGGCCCUGGUGGAUUCGGGAGCUGACGGCAACUUCAUGGAUGAGAAGUUCGCCCAAGAGCACUACGUCGAGCUCUACGAGAAGCCGUACCCACAGCCGGUCCAAUCCGUGGACGGCUCGCUGAUUGGCAACGAGCCUGUCUGGCUCUACACGGAGCCCCUGGUGUGUAUCCACCAGAACCACCAGGAGUCCAUCGAAUUUGACAUCGUACCUUCACCGAACUUCUCCGUGGUCCUGGGCAUCCGCUGGCUCCGAGUCCACGCCCCCGAAGUCGACUGGAUCAAAGGCCGCUGCACCUUCCACUCUCCCUACUGCCUGAAGAACUGCUUCCGCCCGCCCCCGCCAUGCAUUGCCCUGGAGAGGCACGGCAUGAGCCUGCUACCCGGACUGCCACACCCAUACUCAGACCUGGCCGACGUGUUUAACCCGAAGGAAGCAGAUGAUGAGACUUCCGACCAGCCAAGCUCAGACGGAUCCGAUGAUCUUUCUGAAUCAGAGCCCUCUGAGCUUCAGCAGGCUGGAGACAGUGAUCACAGCGAGACCUUUUACGAGUGUCCCUCCACCGCGCCUUGGGAACCUGUGGGUGCCAGGAUGCAAGAAAGAGCCAGGCUACGGGAGGAAUACUGGGACCUGCAGGACAUGCUGACCAACAGACAGGACUACAUACAGAUGAUUCCGGAACUGUUUGACCAGUUACACGGAGCCGAGUGGUUCACAAAACUGGAGCUGCGUGGGACCAUUGUGGAGGAAAGCGAGAACGGGCACCGCACCGAAGAUGUGUGGAAAGCGGCGUUUGGUUUGGAGCUUGAAGAGAUGAAGAGCUACCAGCCGUUCGCGCUCUCCCCAGACCCUAUCAUACCUCAGAACGUGAUUCACUUCAUCCUAAAGGACAUGCUAGGGUUCUUUGUGCUUUCUUAUGGCCAGGAAGUCCUGAUCUACUCAAUGAGUCAGGAGGAGCACCUCCACCACGUCCGCCAAGUCCUGGUCCGCUUCCGCCAUCACAACGUCUACUGCUCCCUGGACAAGAGCCAGUUCCACCGCCAAACCGUGGAAUUCCUGGGCUUCGUCGUCACCCCCAAAGGGGUGAAACUGAACAAGAACGUCAUGACCAUCAUAACAGGGUACCCUACCCCUGGCUCCAAGCUAUCUCUGCGAAACUUCAUCGAAUUCGUCUUCCCCUACCGCCACUUCGUGGAGCGCUUCAGCAUCAUCGCAGAGCCCCUGGUGCGGCAGCUGCUCAGCUCCUACCAGUUCUGCUGGGGAGUCCAGGAGCAGGAGGCCUUCGAGUGCCUGAAGAGGGCUUUCCGCAAGGCGCCCCUCCUCCACCACCCCAAGCCCCAGAACCCCUUCUACUUGGAAACCGGCGUCACCAGCACGGCCCUGCACGCCUCCCUGAUCCAAAUUGACGACCAAACCGGCAAGAGAGCCUGCUGUGCUUUCUACUCCCGCAACAUCUCCCCUAUCGAGGUUGAGUACUCUCAAGUGGAGAUGAAGAUUCUUCCAAUACGGGCUGCCUUCAUGGUGUGGUGCCGCUACCUGGAGAACACCGAGGAGCCCAUCAUGAUCCUUCUCAACACAGAGGAUCUAGCCUCUCUGAAUAAUGACAGGCUCACCGUACUUCUCCCCGGGCAUUGGGUCUUCUUCUUCUCCCACUUCAACUUUGACGUCAUGGAGCUGCCAGAACAAGACGGCGGCCGAGCUCUGCCACCUGUGAGAAACCUCCGGUGGAGGAGAGCCUUCCAGAGGAACACUGCCGCCAGGCAAACCCUGCUGCUGGCCUCAAGGGGAUUCCCCAGGGAUCCAGCGAUGGAAUCCGGGGAAGAAGAGAACGAAGAACAGGAUGAGUCCAAUGAACAGACCCUAAGGCAAGAGCUGCUGGCCCUGAUACCCAUCGACCAGAUCCUCAACAGCUUCCUCGCCCACUUCAGCGUGGCCCAGAUCAGGGCCGUCAUUCUGCAUUUCUUCCGAGGCCUCCUGUACUGGAAGAACACCCUAGCCCUGGCAGCCAUCCUUGUGCUACUGCGGGUGAGGCAGUGCCUCUCGCUGCGGCCGGCACCCACCAUGCAGGUGGCUCGGCCCCAGCCCCAGCGCUCCCUACGACUCAUCCUGGAUUCGUCCCUCAUCGCAGGCAGCAGCAUCACGACAGCCAUCACCCAGCUGCUCACCCAGAUGCCCGCUCUCGUAGGCGCAAACACCAUCCCAGCCCAGGAGCUGGCUGAGCUGUUCCUGGGCCCUGGCCGCUGGCAGCGAAAUGCUCUACACUCCCAGGCCCACCGAGGCCUGCAGUUCACCCCUGGGUUCUGGCUGACGCUGUGUGAGUUCUUCGGUGUCAGAGUCACCCCCCAGGAGGGCCACCUCCCUGCCCUGCGUCAGAACCGCUACCUGGAGCUGCACGUCGUUGGUGAUGAGGAUGUUGUCUUGCGAGAAGCCCUGCAAGACGACCUGCAACGUUACCGUCAGUGUGGCCUGCAUGACGGCCUGCAAGACACCUCGCAGGACAAGCAGGACAACGACGUGCAGGAGGCCUCGCCCAGCCACACAGCAGCCGCCCACCCACCCCGCCCACGCCACCUGAUGGAUCCCCAGGUCCUGGAAUUCCUCGGUAGCCGCCUGCUCCACAUCCGCAGUGCGGAUGGCCAGCUGCACCUGCUCAGCCGGGAGCAGGCGGCCAGGGCCCUGAGCCGGUUCCUGACCCUGAUCUACAGGCGGGCCCUGCCCAUCCCCGCCUGGGAGAGCCAGCCCAGGGAGCAGGCGAGGCUGGAAGAGCUGCCUGAUGAGGACGAAGAUGCUGACCUCGACUGAAGACGCCUCCCCGUCUCUAGCAAAGAGUCCCCUCUAUUUCUCGCCCCAACACCUCCCGACGUCCCCUGGCCUCCCCGUGCCUCAGCCUGCUUCGCUUCCCUUCCUGCCACUCCUGACCCGAGAGGAACCCACUUGUGAAGGGCAACAACUUCUUCAACUCAUCAACCAGCAAUGCCACCUGUGCUAACGGACUAUCCAGUCCUCAGAGACCCAGCGCCAGCCCUGGGCUGCAAGUUCUCAGUUCUCCAGGUCCCAAGCCCGUGCCCGGGAGUGACAUCCAUGAGGGAGAAAGCAGUGGCGAGCAGGAAGUGACCCCAUGACGCAUGGUCAGAUGAAGAAGCAGGCACAGCAGGCGCAGCCAAGCAAGCAGGUGCCGGGGCCCCCCACCCGGCCUGGCGACGGCCACCCUGUGCCGCCCUGGGACACUGACCUCGGGUGCUCCACUGACUUCUUCUACCUCCACUGCCGGUGCUCCUGCUCCCCUGAGCUCCCACCCCCACCCCCCAACCCCCACCCCCCAACCUCCCGACGUCUGAUGAUGUGGUGCCUCCCUCACCCCCAUCCCACCCUGCAAGCAAGCCCACCCCCACACCCCCACCACAUCUGCUUCAGCUUUUUUGACCCCACCUUCCUCUGGCCCUGAGCUCUGGACUUACCUGGACAAAGCCGCUCUUUGGGGCAUCCGGACGUACCAGUGCCACUUACCAGACUUGUACAGCAAAGAGGGCCCCCUUCAUGCCUUGGGGUGCCUUUCCCUCCCAACACUGAACACUGGACAAUGCAAGAGUGCAGGGGCCCCUCGUAAAGGGAUGGUGUCCCAGAAGGCACACAGACACCCAGGGGACCAUGCAGAGUCGCAGAGAGGCUCUGGCCACACCACCACUUUGCACGGGGAGUAGACCCUUCCCCACCCCCUGAGCUUUCUCACCCCCCAAUCUUUUUGCACUCCUCAAAUAAAGCAAAAUAAAAAACUGUCUGACUUUGGGGUUUGUUCUAAAAGUGGAGGUGGUGGGAGGAUAGGCGGGGAGGGGACACGCAUGGGAGGAGGGAGGGAGUAGGUGGGGUGGUGGGGGGGGCAAGUGGACUGGGCAGGAAAGGUGGGGGCAGGAAACACUCUGCCCUGAAACAGCCCCUGGGGGCCUGGCACAUGGGCAGCAGGCCUCCCCCAACCUUCCUGAAGGUGUCCCCACCAAGACUCUGGGCACUUCUUUCUGCCCUGACAAGGUACCCACCCUCACUGAGGCCCCCAGGGAUGUGCACCCCCCACAGGCUCAUGUCAAAGAGAGGAGAGGACAGAAGAGGUGCCUCAGCGCAGUGGGAGGCGGGGGAGUGGGGGCUGCCUCUCCUAAGGGUUCCAGAAAAGGGAGCCCCGAAACCCAAAUCCCACGUCUGGCCUUGGCCUCCUCGCCAUGUGAGAAACGAGGUGCGGUCUGAGCCCCACACUGCAGGGUCCACAAGCUCUGGUCUCAAGCAGUCCCUAACCCCCACCCCGAGAGGAAAAGGCCUGGGUCCCAUUUCAGAGGGUCAUGCUGUCCCCAGAGUGGCAAACUGGCUGUUGUGAGGGUGAGGGUGCACUGCCCUGGGUAGGGGGGCUGCCGGGGGUCCCACAGGAGUUGGGGAGGUAGGGCAGGUGGCACUCACCCACUCUGAGUUCCCCCUCCACAAUCCAGGACACGCUGACCCCUCUUCCUGGCCAUGGGUCACACCUAUCCAGGAGUGGCCUCCAACCUCCCAGAGCACCCCCGCCCCACUGCAACCCUCCACAGGUGAGAGCUCUGUGAGGACACAGAGGGGAAGGAGCCGUGGGCCUCUCUCAGCACGACCUUGAACUUCAUCUAGGAGGGCAAAAACACUGCAGCUCCGUGCACAUGGCCCCCCGUGCCAGGACACACCAGCUCUGCCCUCUCUGCCCUGCUGAGGAACCUGCUCCUGAAGACACAGUGUGAGGCUCAAACUCAGGGGCCCCACCGGGGCCUGACCAGCCUGAGUUGGAGCAGCCCCAUCCCCUAGGAAAGCCAUUUCCACCUGGCCCCAGAGUUCUCAGCUCCCACAAGGAAGAGACCCCACUCUGUCCUCGAGGGGAGGCACGGGAGCAUGACAGCCCCCAGACAGUGUGGCUCUGCCUCCUGCCUCUACCCAUCAUGGACCAGGACCACUGGGCACACAGUGGGGAGCCCCUGCCCAAGGACACACCCCACGGGAGCCCAAGGCUGGCACUGCAAGCUCAGCCUCCUUCCUUCCCUGCACUGCCCAGCCCCACAGGGCUCACGAUGCCCUCACAAGUCCCCGGGGCGCCUGGCCUUCAGCCACCGUCCACCUGUCUGAAGAAUCUACCCCUGAUAGCAGCACCAGGAGAUCAUGGUCAGGAUCCCCAGGUUCCAAGGCAGGGGCUACACCUCUGGGCUUCUCUCUCCCUCCACUGGCUGGCUGCAGGAAGGCCUCUCCCAGCCUCAGUUUCCUCAUCUGUCACUCCAACCCACCAAGGCUGCUGUGAGGAUUCAGAGUUAAGAAUCAACUGCUGGGCACAGCUGGCACUGAGGGCUCCCAGCCCCAUCCACAGGCUUCUUAUGUCAAUUUCCCAAGGUAAACUUAGGGAAAUCAAGGCCCAGAACUGGCUGCAGAGGAGCUGAGGACAGAGCCAGGAUGGAGGCCCCUUCCUGGUGGCUGAUCUUUGUCCUCUCACCUGGGCCACUUCACCCACUCCACCUCCAGUCACAAGGCCCAACAAUGACCCCCACAACAGCCAACACCAUAGCAGCUCCAGGAGCUCAAGGGCUCCAUGUCUGUCUGUCCGUUCACCUAGCACUCGGCCUCUGAUGGCAGCCCAAGACAGGCUGCCAUGGGUUAAGGCCAGGGGCUCAGCGGCAAGAGGUGCAGAUCCCCUUUAGUGACCUGGCCCCAGAAGGCCCCAACUCUGACUUGCUGGGUGACCUCAGGUAGUGGCUGUCCAUCUUCCAGCCUGUUUUCCCAUCAUCAAAUGGGGGAUGUAGUGAGAGGGAGGGUCGUUUCCAGAAUAACCAGACCCAGUCUCCAAGGGCCGCUGGUUCCUAAAACCCCCUCUGUUCCCAGACGACAUUCUCCUUGAGGCUCCCAAGUCCCCUGAAGUAAACUACCUUGGGAUAGAGCCUGGGGUCAUAAUGGAGGGUCCCUAGAUCAGGUCUCCUGGAGGCCACCCCUGGAGGGUCCCAGAGGCUGGACUUUAAUGGCAAACUUCUGUCUUUGCUUGGUAAGGGCUCCCUGGGUAAAUGUGGGGUGGAUUGGCAGUCCCCGUGUCCCUGCAGCCAGGACCGUCGAGGACCGCCAUCCUUUCCUCCUGGCCAUCAAAGGAGGAGGGGCAAGGCCGGGUGCAGUGGC